AUGGGAAGGGAGAAAGGCGGUCCACGGACCCUGGCCAACGAAGGCCGGACCAUAAGCGGAGGCGGCGCGGACGCGUCUCCGUGCUUUUAUGCAAUUAAAUCCGGCCCAGCCACGCGCAUCAUCACGACCUCCCGUGAAGACGCCCAGACCCUGUUUACGCUGUUUUUGAACGCAGGCCGCUCCGCCUCAGCGGGCGAAAAUGCUCCGCUCGCCACGCAGCCCCGGCAAGAGCGGGGGGCUGUGGCCGCCGAGGAGGGACGUGUCUCUCCAAGCUGCAGUGGACGUGAAGAGAGAGACACAAAACACCAAGGAGUUCCUCUCGUCGCGGACGCAAACAUAGACACGCGAGGCGAAGGCGCCCCUUCACGAGAGCCGACCGGCCGCCUCGAGGGACAAAGCGAGACACGUUUCCCGCCGCGCCUGUCUCCUUGUGAGGUGCGUACCCCGGGCGCUCCCUCGAGGCCUGCGUUGUCUCCCGCCCCUCUGGUCUUCUCCCAGUGUGCUUCGCGGCCGUCUUCGGACGCCGUUGCUCCGUCCGCGCUCUCCUCUGCGUCUCCGCUCCGUCCUCCUCUCUCUUCCACAGCCUGUGGAGAGCCCAGCACACAGGCGACGCACGCAGGCGACGCGUGCGGCGCGCGUCCCGGACCUGCAGACGAGAUCGCCAGUGGGCGGGGCGUGGACGAGGCGACUAAACCGCCAGGGAGCGCAGAGGCUCUGGGCGCGACUGAAGGCAACAAGCUCAAGGAGGGACAGCGGAACGGAGCACGAGGAGAGGACGUUCGGGCGACACCUGGCGGCGCCAGUUUCUCGUGGGAAAUCGUGAGGAAGGCGUCGCUGUGCGAGGCGCUUCACUGGGUCGCGGCUUCGUUCGCAGCUGACGCGUCGGAGGGCGAAGGGCGGGAACCAGGAGAACGCGAACAGCCUGGGGAGACGGGAGGUCCCGCGCGUCGGGCGGACGGAGACAGGAAGGCGCCUCGGGCCUUUGCAGAGAGACGCGCGGCGACGUCGGGAAAGCUGGAUGAAGCGCCGCACGCGAGGAGUGCGUUUCUUGCCUCGGGCGAUGUCUCUUCUUUUCCGGAGACAGGGGCGCAGAGAGGAAGGCGCGGGGGUACGUUGGCCUCCCAAGGCGGCCUGUCCCGGAAGAAGCGGAAACUGUGGACGGGGUUGGACGACCGUCCAGGAGCUCUGUCCAUUUCUCCGGAGCCUCACGCAGGCCUGCGAGACGUGAAAGAGGAGGCGAGACGGCCGGAGAGCUCACCCAGUUCUGCAAAGACAGGGGACGCCGCGAGUCCGGCAGACGCCGCAUCGGAAGAGCGGAUCGUGUACAUUUACACAGACGGCGCGUGUCGAGCGAAUGGACGCGGACGGCAAGCAAAGGGCGGGGUGGGCGUUUUCUUUGGAGACGGCGACCCGCGAAACGUCUCGCGGAGGCUCGCUGGGCAGCCGCAGACGAAUCAACGCGCCGAGCUUCACGCGAUUCUCGAUGCGCUGCUUCUCCUGCAGGCCUGGGAAGAAGGCGGCCGAGGCUUCUGGAGUCGAGAGCCGAGCGACGCAGCCCGGUCGCCUCGGCCUGGCCUGGAUCUGAGACCCGCCGGACGCGGAGCAGACCAGACUCCUUCGCCUCCUUUGCCGGGAAAAGCGCUGUCGCCGGGGAGUGCGCUGACGCGGAACGGUUCGCCUUCGGUCUCCGUGCAGGGAGGGAGUGGCGGUCAGCUGGCCUCGGGAGGGCCGCCGGCCGCCUCGCCGGAGGCCAGCCUCGAGCGGGGACCGAGUCCGAGUUUGGAGCAGAGAGACUCUCUGUUUUUCGCCAUGGACGACCCGAUCGACGUGCGCAUUUGCACUGACAGUGUGUACGCCGUCCGGUGUGUGACGGAGUGGGUCAGCGCGUGGAAAGCGAACGGAUGGCGAACGUCGGCCGGCACCGAAGUGAGGAACCGAGAUCUCAUUGUGAAGAUCCACGAACUGUUGGAGAGUCGAAAGCGGGGGAGUGCGCGCUUCUCCGUGCCUCGGAAUGCAACGCUGCAGCUGCAAAGCCCAGAGGGUGAACAGGAAACGGGCGGGAACGCGGAGUCCGGCCUCGCGCAGGCCUGGGGUGGCCGAGGGACUGUCGAGUUCAUGCUAGUCAGAGGCCACAGCGGAAACUACGGCAACGAAAAGGCCGACGAACUCGCGUGCCAAGGCGCGACUCUCCCCUCUGAGGGCGAAGACGAAAACGCCGGAUAG